AUGGACGCGGCGUUAGGACCUUGCGGAUUAUACAGGGAAAGCUACCGAGGUUCCAAGAGGAAGUUAGAGUCUUCUUCGGCGAAGAGUAGGGUGACGGGAGAGUGGUGUGCUUAUCACCAAGUUUCUGGUCCUGAUACCGGGAAGUGCAGAGCUUUACAGCAUGCGGUUGAGAAAUUGAUCACAACAGGAAAGACUAUUAAGGCGCAGCGUAAUAAACCUCCUAUGAUCGGAGAAAUAGGCACAAUCGCCGGAGGCUUUAGCGAAGGAGGAGUCACUAGUGCAGCGCGCAAGCGAUAUCUCAGAACGGUGAAUGCAGUUACAGAAGCACCUUUCGGUUUUCAGCAUCCGGGCAUCACAUUUUCACCCGCUGAUUUUUUCGGGUUAAAACCACACUUAGACGACCCGAUCGUGAUCUCCCUUCAGGUUAACCACUUCGACGUACAACGAACGCUCUUGGACCAGGGAAGUUCAGCAGAUAUCAUCUACAGCGGGACGUUUGAGCAGCUUGGAAUAAGGGAAGGUGACCUUACCCCGUAUGAAGGGACCUUGGUAGGAUUCGCGGGCGAACGAGUGUGGGUGAAAGGAGUCAUAGAUCUUGAUACCAUAUUCGGCGAGGGUGAGAAUGCCAAAAAACUAACAGUAAAAUACUUGGUUUUAGAGGAGGAAGGGUCAUACAAUGCGAUCAUUGGAAGGAACACUUUAAACCGUAUGUGCGCAGUGAUAUCAACAGCUCAUCUAGCAAUAAAGUACCCGUUGGCGAGUGGGUGA